UGAAGAGGAAGAUAAGUAACAUCUGACAGACAAUACAGAGGAUCUGAAGGCCGCUAUCAAAGCAACCUGGGCUUCAAUAACACCUCAGCAGUGCCACAGGCUGAUCACCUUCAUGCCACGCUGUACUGAAGCAGUAAUUCAUGAAAAACUAUUGAGUGCAUAAUUAAACCUGCUUUGGAGAUCUUGAACAUUUCUAUUUUGUAAAUCUUUUUUUGAUUGAUCUUUGAGAAAAUAUUCUAAUUUUUUUGAGAUACUGAAUUUAAAAUUUUUCUAAGCUGUAAGUCAUAACCAUCAAAACCGCAAAAGAGCGCAUGGACAGUAAUGCAUUCACGUCGUGGCCGCAUCACCACCUCAAGUGUGCCUUAUUUUUCUAAUAAUUCAAUGGCCCGUCGUCAAUUAUUCCUUACUUAUAUAAUUCAGAGAGUGUCUUAUUUGAUUAUAUAUGAAUGUGUUAUCAGUGUGUGUGUUCAGUGUGACUCACAGCAGUUUUGCAGGAAGAUCUUCAUGAUCUAUAGAUUCUCAGCUCAAUCUGCUGCAGCUAAACAGAAAACUGAACAAACUACAGACAGAAGAGUGAAGGAGCUUCACACAGUCUGCAUGAAUGAACAUCACUACAAUCUCUUACAGGACGAUGAAGAGAGACGUCAGGAGUCAGAGAAGAAGAUCAGCUGAAGACUGAAGAAAGAGACGAGGACAGAAACCAAUAUCAACAUGUCCACCACAGAUACCAGAGUGAUUGUUGCCCACAAUCCUCCUCGCAGGAGAAAACAGAGCAAAAGCCCACCUCCUGAUAUGAGUGAUCUGAGGAUUGUGGUUCUGGGUUCGAGCGUGUCAGAAAACAGUCUGGUGGGGAACUUCAUCUUAGGACGAGCAGCGUUUGACAGUGAAGCUCCUCCAGAUGUUGUAGAGAGAGUCGGAGGAAGACUGAAGGACAGACACCUGAUGAUCAUCAACAGUCCUCAGCUGCUCCAGAGGAACAUCUCAGAUCAUCAGAUCACACAGACAGUGAGAGAGUGUGUGUUUCUGUCUGAUCCAGGACCUCAUGUGAUCCUUCUGCUCCUCAAACAUGAGCCGUGUUCAGCAGAAGAUCAGGAGCGUGUGGAGAAGGUGCUGCUCUCUUUCUCUGAGCAGGUUUAUCAACACACCAUGGUGCUCACAACUCAAGAGCCCACAGAAACCAUUGGCAUCCUACAGAACAUCAUUCAGAAGUGUGCAGACAGACACUUCAGUCUUCAGAGGAGCAGCUCUCCUGAGGAUCUGCUGCAGACGCUUGAGCACAUUGUGAAGAUGAAUGAUGGACGUUAUCUGCACUGUGCUGAAGCUUCACAGUGUUUCACCAUGAAGAAACAGAGCACAGAGAGACUUUCAGAGGCUGUGAAGCUGAAUCUGGUCGUGUGUGGGAGCGACAGGAUGUUAAAAUCCUCCGUAUCAGAGCAGAUCCUGCAGCAGACAGACAGAAGAUCAGACGUGGAGCUUCAUGAUCGUCAGAUCAGUGUAAUAGAGCUUCCAGCUCUGACUCGUCUCUCAGAGGAGGAAGUGAUGCGUCAGACUCUCCGCUGUGUGUCUCUCUGUCAUCCUGGAGUUCAUGUGUUCAUCAUCAUUAUUCCUGAGGCUCCUCUCAAUAAUGAAGACAGAGCAGAAACAGAGAAGAUCCAGAAGAUCUUCAGCUCCAGAAUCAACAAACACAUCAUGAUCCUCAUAAAGCAGAGCUCAGAGCAUCAGACAGAAGAACUCAGUGAAGAAACACAUUCUGUCAUUCAGAGGUUCGGAGGACGACAUCAGUUCUUUGGUCCCAAAACACAGGUGUCCACACUGAUGGAGAACAUCGAGCAGAUGCUGGAAGAAAACAGAGGAGAGUGUUUCUCCACAGAGACGUUUCUGGAGACGCAGAUGAAGAAACUGAUGAAAUAUGAAGAGAUGAAGAAGAAAAUUCAUUCACUAGAGACAGGUUUACUCUCACAAGGUUCGUCAGAGAGAGAAGAUGAUCUGAGGAUUGUGCUGCUGGGAAAAACUGGAGUUGGGAAAAGUGCAACUGGAAACACAAUCUUAGGAAGAGAAGCGUUUACAGCAGAAGAAUCUUUUGAAUCAGUGACUAAAGAGAGUCAGAGAGAAUCAUCUGAAAUCAGCGGUCGACGUGUCACUGUGAUCGACACUCCAGGACUGUUUGAUACUGAACUCAGUAAUGAGGAGAUCCAGAGAGAAAUCACUCACUGUGUCUCCAUGAUCCUGCCUGGACCACAUGUGUUUCUCUUACUGGUUCCACUGGGACGAUUCACUAAAGAAGAGGAAACAUCAGUGAAGAUCAUCCAAGAGACCUUCGGUGAAAACUCAUUAAUGUUCACCAUGGUGCUCUUCACCAGAGGAGACUCUCUGAAGAAGAAGACCAUCGAUCAGUGUUUGGGAAAACCUGGAUCUCCUCUGAUGAAGCUGAUCGAAGCGUGUGGAAACAGAUAUCAUGUGUUCAAUAAUAAUCAGACUGAAGACCGAACACAGGUGACUGAUCUACUGCAGAAGAUAGACGACAUGCUGAAAGAGAACGGAGCGAGUUUCUACUCGUGUAAGAUGUUCAGAGAGAUGGAGAGAGAGAAACAAGAACUACAGAUCAAGAUCCUGAUGGACAGAGUCAGAGAAAGAGAGGAAGAGAUGAAGAAACAUGAACAAGAGAAAGAGAGAGAAAUGAAAGAGGAGAUGAAGAGAGAACGAGAGGAAUGGGAGAAACAGAAACUAGAGGAAAAGAGAAGAAGAGAAGAAGAGGAUGAAAAAAGAAGAGACAAAGACAAACAACUCGAGGAUUCAGAGAAGAGACUGAAAGAAGAAAGAAAGAUGAGAGAAGAUCAACAGAAGAGUCUUGAAGAGAAACUGAGACUCAGUGAAGAACAGCAUGAAGAAGAACUGAAGAGAAGACGAGUGCAGUGCAGAGAGGAAUAUGAGAGAGAGAGAGAGGAGAUGAAGAAGAUCCGCUCUCAAACUGAUCCUUCACUGCAGGUCACAGCCUACAGGAAACUGGAGACAGAAUACAGGAAGUGGUCCUGGAGUCUCCGCUGUGCCAUGAUGGAAACUGAGAACAAACUACACAACAGAAUAGAAAAUGAAACAAUUCAUGAGGUUGAAGAAACUGAUCUUCAAAGAGAACUGAAGAAGACAAGUGAAGAAGUGAAAAAAUCAAUGUCUGAAUUCUUUGAGAAAGACAGAGAUAAAUAUAUACUGAUUCAGUGGAAAACAUCAUUUGAAAUCAAAAUCAGAGAGCUUCAGGAAAACAUUGUGAGAGAAACAAAGAGGAAAUUAAAUGAGAUUGUUCAGCAGCGAGACCUGAAGAAAAAGAUUGAUGAUCAGAGAACACGUCAUGAAAACACUCUCUAUGAAAAGAGCAGAGAACUCGCCUUAAAACUCAGAGACAGAACAAAUGAAGAAACACUGAAGAAAGAGUUUGAUUUGUUCUGGGAACAAAAUGUGAAUAUGAUUAUCAGAGACACUCCUUCAAUCAGAGACAUUGAUAUAAUGAGAGACGUGAGAGAGAUACUCAGUGACAUCUAUGAAAGUGUUCCUGCUGAUCACCGGAGGAAGAGCAGGGAUAUUUUCACUGUGAAGAGUUAUUCAGAUUAUGUGAGGUAUAAGAGAUCCAGUGGAAUUACAAAAUCUGGUUUACCUGGGUUUUUAAGACUUUUUGGUUUCUUUCUAUCUGGAGAGGAUGAAGCCCAAAUAAGAUCAUUCGUCACAGAUGUUGUUCAGCAGACAGACAGAAUGAUUCAGUCAUUUAACAUUUCAGAGAUUGGCUACAACAUUAUCUGUAUUCAACAAAUCACAGAUUACAUCAGAGCAAGAGUGACACAACAUGAGGAAGAACAAGAGAAUUAUGUGUUCAAGAAUGAAUUCUUCAUACACUUAGUUCUGUCCAUCUGUAAGAGAGCAAACAAGAUGAUCACUGACCAACACAGACUGUUCAGAGAAACCAAUGAUCCUGUUCUCUAUUUGAAGAAGAAGAGAGAAGAGUAUUAUAGUAUUUUCGAAAUACUGUCAUGGAGCUGCAUCAGCUGCUAUGUUUGGAGAGAUCAUCUGUCAGAAACUGAAAGAGCCGAUUGAGCAGAGCAUCUACAAGAAGACUGCCAGAGAUUUAGCAGAUGAAAUGAGAACAAACUGUGAAUCGCUGAGAGGAAACAGAUCAAAUCUGGAGAAACACAUCCGGGAGACACUGGCAGAAGAGGAGGAUUUGAACAAAUACAUGAACUACAUUCAUAAUCCCAGAGAUCACUUCAAGAGUUUCAUCAGAGAUGAAGUCAGUCGGUACAUCACUGAUCAGUUCAGUGACCGUGUUUUACACACGAUGAAGGAGAACAUUGAACUCCUGGAGCAGAAGAUCAUGAGAGCAGCUCAUCAAUCUACUGAACAUGUUCAAGAGCACAGAGGAGAUGAAUCUACUGAACGUGUUCAAGAGAACAGAGGAGAUGAAUCUACUGAACGUGUUCAAGAGAACAGAGGAGAUGCUGGUUUGUGGUUGAAGAGUUUCACUCAGCAGAUCUCAGAUGAUCUGAUCUUCUCUGAGAAACACCUCAGUGGAGUCAAACAUGAUGAUGUUGAUGAUUUUAAUCUCCUAGAAGAUGUGAUGAGAAGAGAACUUACUGCUAUAAUGACUGACAUCAGCAGCAGAUUCAACACAAAUACAUUUCCAGUGAAACUGGACUAUAAGUUCAGACCAGAUGAGCUUCUGAUAGAUGACUUCUGUCAGUGCUGUUGGGUUCAGUGUCCGUUCUGUAAAGCUGUCUGCACAAACACCACAGAAAACCAUCCUGGAGAUCACAGUGCUCCUCUCCACAGAGUGAGAGGAAUUAAUGGCACAUGUUAUAAUUCAACACAGAACCUCUGUACUGAUAUUUGUACAAAUAUGGAGGCAAAUAAUUUUAAUGUUAAUACACCAGAUGGAAGAUGUGUUUGGAAGAAAAUCAAAAUAGCAGGGGCUCAAAAUGCCAUCUGGAGCUUCACUCCUGGCCUCUCUAAUCUAACCUACUGGAAGUGGUUUGUGUGCAGAUUCAAGAGUGAUCUGGAAACAUACUACAAUAAAACAUUUCAGGGCAGUGGAAUGAUACCAGAUGGAUGGAAACAAUACACAAAAACAGAUGCUAUUAAGAGUUUGGAUGAAUACAUCUAAUGUAGAAGAUAAAUUAAGACUCAGAUUCAGUAUCUCCUCUCAGAAUCUUCUCAAGAUGGCUGUGUUGAGUGUGGCUCUCCAUCUGCUGCUCUUUCUCAUUUUUAAAUUUUAUGAUUCUGUGCCUGUCCCUACUAAUUACAGACUGUUAUAUGUCACUGGUUUAUGACCGCCAAACACUGUUCAAUAUUUGCAUGUCUAUCGACUCCGCCAAGAGAGACAUUGGUGUGCCUCAUUGAUUUCCUCUACCUGCCCACACCCCCUGCUCUCCUGUGCUGCAUCCCGCUGAUCUUCCCUGGAGGCGACGGCAUCAGAGGAACCACAGCAAGCGGCAUGGAGCUGCUGUUUGGCUGUGGCAUGUGUUUUGGACCCAUGCUGGCCUAUGAACAGCGCAUCCUUUGGUGUCCUCUGAGUGCAUCUUAUUGGCUUCGACCUGUUGUCCCACACUCUUCGUCUGUGCCUUCACACAGUUUCCCCCCCCGCAUUUGUCACCGUGCAGUGAAUCUCUUCAACCUCUGACUGCUAAACCGAACAACAAAGCCUGAGGAAGCUACAUAGCUACUUAAACAAGUACAUGGCCUGUUUUUUUUUAAAAUAUUUAUCAAAUCAGAAAUCAUACUUGUAAUUAUAGGACCAGAUCUUCUUCUAAAUUAUGUUUAAUUGUGCCUAGAGCAUAUUCUGAGUUUGACACAACUGCCUUUUCCUCUUCUGCUCCUAGCUUAUGGAAUGUCUAGUCUUAGAAAUCUGUCAUACGUGAAGGAAAUGUGCAUGUUUUGUGUAGAUUUAUAUCUCAAUGUAAACAAACUUUAUCUAACAUAUCUUACAAACAUUAUCUAACCAAAAUAAUGAGAAUUACAUAAAAUAAAGUACUUUAUAAAAGGA